AUGAAUAGCGAUGAAGCUGUCAAGAUCUACGAAGACAAUCAAGGUUCCAUUGCUUUGGCUAAGAACCUCAAGUUGUACAAGCGGACCAAGCAAAUCGACAUUCGUUAUCACUUUGAGCGUGAAAAGGCGGCAGUAGGAAAAGUGAUGCUGGAAUACUGCUCGACCGAGGAGAUGAAGGCUGACAUAAAGACCAAGACAAUUCCUGCAGCACAGUUCCAGUAUCUCAGAACAAUGUUGAGCAUCAAGGCGCCAUAG